ACAGGAAUGUGAAAGUGAAAGAGACAGACGUGAUUUUGUUCUUUCACUUUACUCCAUAUUCCCCUCUGGGCUCGGCUGCACAUACUCGUUACUACUGGGGAGCUGCUGGGAUACAACAGGGGCCCUAUUAUGGGCCACAGAGCCAUGGCUGAGACUACAGACAUCUCCGGGGUUACAGUGAGUGGCCCAAAGUUACCCACAAUGUUGUGGACAUGAGGUGCAGAAAACGCCUACAUUGUCUGACUUUAAUUCUACUCAGCACAUUUCUGGGGAUUACAUUGCUCGGGACCAUACAAGGCAGAAAAAUGGACAUCAUGGAAAUGAAACUACAAUACUGCAUAUUCUCAGUUGUAUGUACAGUGGGAUUGCUCUGGCUGUUAUUCAAAUGUUUGCAAAUCAAAGAAAAAAAGAAAAGAAAUGUUGAUGAAGAGACAGGAUGCUGCUUCUUCUCUUCUUGCAAGUCUUGCUGUUUUUCCGGUAGUACGGAAGAGUAUAAAGCCAGUGAAAUAGAAGCAGUACCUGACUCUGAAGGUUCAAACAAACAAUUGUUGAAGCCUCGAGACAGAGAAACACAAGUUUCCGGAGACAGAGAAACACAAGUUUAUUUUCCACAACAUGGAUCUUCAAAACAUUCUGAUGUAUGUGACCAUGAAGAUACACAUUUGUUGGGGCUUGAAGGAACAUCGGUUCAUCCUCCAAAACAUGGUUCUUCAAAACAUUUUGAUGGAGAGCAAAUCACAACUCAAGCUCAAAUUGCAUUUGAACAGGAGACCUUACAAUCUUCAGGACCAGCAUCAAUAUUUCCUAGCCUGGAAGGACUCAAUCGUCACCAACCAGAAGUGACGGAAUCUUCUGCUGAUGAUCAAGAACCCAGGAAACGGAGAAAACUAACAGACUCUACUGAUGUUGGGCCCUCAGGCAGUGAUGUUUUGCAGGAAAGCCCCAAAACUUCUGAUGGCCUCGUGGAAAUCUCCUCUCCUGAAUCCAACUCCCACCCUAUCCCUGUGGAUGCUUUAGAACAAUCAGGAGAGCAAAUCACAACUCAAGCUCAAAUUGCAUUUGAACAGGAGACCUUACAAUCUUCAGGACCAGCAUCAAUAUUUCCUAGCCUGGAAGGACUCAAUUGUCAAAAACCAGAAGUGACGGAAUCUCCUGCUGAUGAUCAAGAACCCAGGAAACGGAGAAAACUAACAGACUCUACUGAUGUUGGGCCCUCAGGCAGUGAUGUUUUGCAGGAAAGCCCCAAAACUUCAGAAAAAAUUGCACCGUUUCUGAAUAUAUUUCAAGAAUUAAAAAAGGACAAACCUGCUAAACUGAGCCUGAAAGAUGUUCUCAAUAUUGGACAGGAAAGUGAGGAGACAAUUCAGUGCCAGACUCUUAGUGAUGUUCCUUGGUAUUUUCUGAGAAAGUUGAUGUCCCUAAGCAGAAAUGCAAGGAAUACAACCUUACAGCUUGAAGUUACAAACACAGACAUAGACCUGGAUAACUGGUCCUCAUAUGAAGAUUCAUCAUCUGACAGUAAUGAUAGGUUUGAUUCAGUCCAUCCUCUAGAUGUUCUCUGUGCUCUCCUGCAUUGUUCAGACCCUUGUCUACAGCAAGAAAUUCUAUUAAAAAUGUCCAUGUGCCAAUAUGCUGUCCCUCUGCUGCUCCCUCCUGGUGAUGGCACAGACUGCACCUUCAUGCUGUGGGCAAUGAGAGACAUUGUGAAGAGGUGGAGACCUCAAUCAUCACAGGUCAGUAAAGGGUUUAAGGAGGAUAACUUGGUAAACAUAUCAAUGCCAGUUUUCUCUUUUGUGAGAUUAGGGAAAUGCAGAACGUCAAAGUCUCGCAUUCUCAAUCUUAUUCUCAGCCCGGCUCAUCAGGUGCAAGACUUUUUCCUGCACAGAGAAAUGGAAACUGGGAAUGUUUCACGUAAAAUCUCAGAUGGAUUGGUGGAAAUAUGUUGGUAUUUUCCUGGCAGCAACUUAAAAUCAGACAUAAUCAAACAACCCAUUGCAGUAACAAAUAUGAGAGGAGACUUGGGGUCUGGUGAGGAGCAGUUCAGAUUUUUAAGAUGCGUAUCAUCGGCAGUGUUCAUAUUCACAGAGAGUGUCGGGGAGAGAGAGUGUGAACUUUUAGCAGAAUCCAAUUACUUGAAUAAUACAUAUAUUAUUAUAGAUCCUUCUUCACAAACCUCUAGUGAGAAAAUAAAGGAAUACAGGAAACUGCUACAAGAAAAGCUGAACCUAGAUAAGAAGAAUGUCUGGGAAAGAAAAAGAUCAUCCAACGAUGCAGCAUUGGUAAGAGACUUAAAGAAUUGUAUUGCAGAUCAUAUCAACAGAUGCAGCAAUAAAAAUAAAACUCUAGAGGAAAUAUCACAAGAGGCUUACGAAAUGAAAAUAUAUGUUGAUGAAAAUUACAAAGAUCUUCAAGCAGCAAAGAAACGGGCCGAUGAGAUUGGCACCAAUAUAAAGGACAUUGUUGAAUAUAAGAAUGAAACAAUGAAACUACAGGGGGAGCUCUGGAAAGAACUGUCCAAAACAGAGAAAGAAAUGUGUAGAAUGAGAGACCAGGGCAGUGAGAAUGCAGAAGAUUACAUAGACAAACUAAGGCAACAAUGCUCUUCACUCCGCAAGAGGCAAAAUGCUCAUCCUUUCCCUGAAGCCAUGGAACAGUUCAGAAAAGCAGUCACUGAGUUAACUCAGGUUGAAAGACAGUGUUUUUUGAAGUUUACAAAAUUCAGCCUUGACUCAGUUGCUAGAGAAAAUCUCUGUAAACUGCAGGCGGAGUACAAGGAGACAUUUGACAACUAUGGAGCUGAUGUGGAGAAAUUAAAGCAAAUAGAUCAGAGAAUAUCAGACAGCUCCUUAGGCAUUGAACACUUUUUGAGAGAACUGGGACAGUUUUAUGAAGCUAAAUAUGUUGUGGAGAAUGGCAGUAACAUGGAAGAAAAAUUUAGCAAACUCCCAGGAAUCGCUGCUGAUCUUCUGCUGGAUGGUUUCCCAUUGGAGCUGAUAGAUGGAGAUGCCUCCAACAUCCCCCUGCAGUGGGUUUCUGAUGUUCUGAGUGAGCUGGACACCAAAACAGGAGGGAAAUGCAGAAUGAGAGUAAUCACAGUGCUGGGAGUGCAGAGCACAGGGAAAUCCACCCUCCUGAACACCAUGUUUGGCUUGCAGUUCCCUGUGGCCAGUGGACGAUGCACAAGAGGAGCCUUUAUGACACUGAUUAAAGUGCAAAAUGCGUUCCAAAUGGAAUUAAACUGUGAAUUUAUCCUAGUGAUUGACACAGAAGGUUUGAAGUCUCCUGAACUGGCUUCUCUGGAGGACAGCUAUGAACAUGACAAUGAGAUGGCAACUCUAGUUGUUGGGUUGAGUGAUAUCACAAUAAUCAACAUGGCCAUGGAGAAUACAGCAGAAAUGAAAGAUAUUCUGCAGUUAGUGAUACAUGCUUUCCUUCGGAUGAAACAAAUAGGCAAGAAGCACAACUGCCAGUUUGUCCACCAAAAUGUCAGUGAUGUUUCCGCUCAUGAGAAGAACCUGAGGGACAGACAGAAGCUCUUGCAGCAGUUGGAUAAAAUGACAGAAGUUGCAGCAAAAAUGGAGAAAAAAAACCAUAUAAAGAUGUUUUCAGAUAUUAUUGAUUAUAACCUUGAAGAACAUACUUGGUAUAUCCCUGGCUUGUGGUAUGGUGUCCCACCCAUGGCUUCAGUUAAUGCUGGUUACAGUGAUGGUGUGAAUGAACUGAAGAAAUAUUUGAUUUCAUAUAUAAAAAAGAUGAAUGUGAAGGCUCAGACUAUCCCAGAAUUUACUGAGUGGAUAAAAAGCCUGUGGAAUGCCGUGAAACAUGAGAAAUUUAUCUUUAGCUUCAGGAAUAGUUUAGUUUCCGAAGCCUAUAACCAACUGUGUGUGCAUUAUACAGGCUGGGAAUGGAGCUUCCAGAAGGCAACUUAUACCUGGUUUACUGAGACGGAAACUUUCAUCAGGAAUCUACUAGCAGACAAACUGGACAGUGAAUGGGGGCAACUUACACAAGACAUGAAACUGUUAUUAACUAAAGAAGAGAGAAUAAUGUCACAGUCACUAGAGGAAUAUUUUAUCAGUGGUUGUGACAAUGUUCAUCUCUUGGAACCUUUUAGAACUGAUUUCUUCCGCAGUGUGAAAUAUCUCAGGAAGACACAGGAAUCAUCUUUAGCUAAAAAGUGUGAAGAUGCAAUACGCCUACAAAAGGACAGGUGCAAAGUCCAACAAAUACAGGGAGAAUUCCUCCAGGUUAUAGAACGUAGUGUGAAAGUUAUUAUUGAAAAGGGAAGGGAUAAUGGUUCUGAAUUGGAUGAUAAUAUGUUGAAGACGGAAUUUGAAAAUAUGUGGGAAGAUACACUGAAGGGUUUAAAUAUACAAAGACUAAGCAAGAGGGAUAUAAGCCAGGAAAUGUUUCAGUACUUGAAAUAUCAUUCAGCUAAUAAAAAGCUACAUGACCUAAAUCAUUUUGAAAAUUACAAUGGGGACCUUGAUUUUCAUGACCCUGUAAUAAAAAAAUGCAGGAAUUACAUGUCUGAAAUAAUUAGCAGUAGAGGCAACUAUGAUGAGACAUACUGCCAUGAACUCCUCAGAAUGAUAACGGAAGAACAUAAUGAGGAACCUGUAGAUACCGAUUAUUUGGACCUGGUUGUUUUUCAUAUUUUUAAAGAAGCAGCUCAAAAAUUCCAGACCCUGCACGAUGAGUUUAUUGAAAAUAACGACCCAGCUCGUUCUUUGGAAAAUCUCAGGUGCCAUUACUUUUCCUUGUUUGAGAGCAUGUACAAAGAAAAGGAUGAGUGUCAGAAAAGGGCUAAAUAUUUCUGUGAGUUUUGCUUGAAGCCGGCAUUCAUCCAUCACAUUCAGAACCACACGGGGAAAGAGGUGUUGGAUCAUAUUCUUCAAAAACCAAAAUUCAUGAGUCGCAAAAUUUUUCAGUUCUCUGUCCUUGUCCAGCUUCUGAAAGAGAACUCUUUUGAGAAAUACAAUGAAUACAUUAAUAACUAUGAGAGUUUCACCCAAAAAUGGAUUUUAGAUUAUGUAAAGCAGCAAUACCAGAAGCUAAAGAGCAGCAGUGAUUUGUAUAUUAGAGUCCUUGAUUCCAUAAUGCAGAAAGUCAAACAUGUUCUUUCUAAAUCAGCAGGGCAAGCAAACAAUUUUUCAGAUUUUUUUAAAAAAUUUUGCACAGCGUUAGAUAAAGAACUAGUCAUCUCACAGAACAAGUUGAAAUUGAUCGUUUUCGAAAACAAAUUUAAUGUUUCUGAAUUUUCAAAUGACGUUGAGAUCUUUUUAGGACACAUCCAAAAAAAAAUUCAAGCAGAAAUGAGAGAAUGUGAUGUUGAGUCCUUGCUCUCCAACAUUACCUUGAAGCCUCAGGAUGAAUUGUAUAAGAAGGUCAUUGGAUGUGGGAAGCAGUGUCCUUUCUGCAAAGUGCCGUGUGAGGCUGGAACUGAUGACCAUCCAGAGCACUUUGCUUCUAUCCACCGGCCAAUGGGUCUUGCACAGUCAAGUAAAGAUGCUGUAGAUGUUCUAGAUCAUUCCAUAUGCUCCACUGCUGUCCUCUCUAAUAGAAGUUUCAACUCUGAAGAGACAGGCUGGACAGUUCACCCUUAUAAAGAUUACCGUAAAUAUUAUCCGGAAUGGAAUAUCUACCCUGAGGAUGGAAGUGAAGGCACAGAUUAUUGGAAAUUUGUCUUGAAAGAGCACAAUGAUACAUUUGCAAGGACACACAGAUCAAAACCAGCUAAACUUCCAGAAGACUGGCAGAGAAUCACUAGAGAGAAAGCUCUACAAAGUCUAAAGAGAUCAUUUAAUCUGAAAGAAAGUCACUCUAAUUAAAUUAAACUGGACCACUUUGAAAUCAGCCUUUGCAGUAAAAUGUGUUGCAUUGAGUUAUGAGUUGCUCAUGAAACAGAGACGCAUCUAGAGCUACAUACGUAGUAAAAAAUCAACAUUUUCUUUUUAAGGAGAAACUUUAUGUUGCACUGCCAAUAACAAAAGUGAAUUUUACAUUCAUUUUGAAAUUUGAUUUAAGGAUUUUAAAAAGGGUGGGGCUUGUUUGUUAUGCAUUCAUGUAGUGAUAGACACUUCCUUUAAAAGUGAAAUUUGGCAAAUAUUCCAACAUUUUUCAUGGUUAUUUGGCCACUAGAGUUUCAUUAGAGUCUGGGGGAAAGGAUAUCUCAUCUGAGCAAUCAUGGCUGCUCCCACUGAUAUAAACAAACUCAAAUAAGGCAAAAUAUUGUACUGAACAUGUGCUGUAAUAAAUAAUUGAAAUAAAUCCAAUGUAUUAAUCCUUUAAUCAUUUAAAGGGGUUGUUCACCUUCAAAUUAACUGUUAGUAUGAUUUAGAGAGGGAUAUUUUGAUAAAAUUUGCAAUUGGUUUUCAUUUUUUAUUAUUUGUGGUUUUUGACUUAUUUAGCUUUUUAUUCAGCAGCUCUCCAGUUUGCAGUUUCAGCAAUUGGGUUGCUAGGGUCCAAAUUAAAUAUCUCAUUUAUAGGAACAUAUGUGAAUAUGUUUAAUUAUGAGCAUUUCUUGUACUUCCAAAUUAAGUCUACGUAAAUGCUUGUUUAUGUGACUGUGUAACUAAUAAAAUCGUCAAAAUCACCUGUAUCAACUUGCUAAAAUAUUAAAGGGUUGUUUUCAUAA